AGUAGAGCACAUACACAUACGCACGCAUGCCAUGCCAAAACAACAUGUCCUCGUACUCUUUUCAUCCAGCCCGAAGACACAACAACGUCUUUGCCUACAUGCGUCGUUUCGUCUCUUUCAUAUGAACCUAAAAAAAAGUUCACACAUCGUCGACGUCGCAAACAAGCGAGCAACGACGAGCAUCAGUAGCAACAGCAACGGCAACAACAACAAAAGCAGCAACAAUAACCGAGUGCCGAACACAAACGCAUACUGACGCAAUUGCACGAAAACCAAGAGUGAACCCAACACUGGCAUUUCAUAUCGUGAUUGAUAGAGACUCGACCUAAAAAUCCCAACCAUUUGUAAAUCGAAUUGUAAAUUGUUUUUUAAAAUUUCGAAAUACAACGAAGCAAGUGUUUAGGUGGCAUCCGGAGAGAAGAUCAAUCGAUAAACAGACAAUCGCUAUCCGAACCGAUAGAGAAGAAGAAAAAAAUCGUAAAGAACCAUAAGAAACGCGACUGAGAGAAAUAGAAAAAAAAGCACACACUAGCCAGUACCUAGAAAACCAGAAAGCACACGGGAAUGAAGGCUAAUCGUAUGAAAGUAAUAAGUUUUCAGUGAAUGAAUAUGUCAUAUAGCUGUCAAAGUAUAACUGAGAACGAGUCACAUUGCCCUGACUGCUGCUGAAGGAAAAUAUUCAAUUGGUGGGAACAAAGGCAUGCGAAAGAGAAUAUUGCUGCAUAUCCUGCAGUAAAAUGAAAACGAGGAAUAUAAUUACAUGAUUCGUUUUUCCUUCUGAAAUCAACAUAUUGUGCGUUAGCACCAGCAUUUUUGAACGGACACACAACUAAACAGAAAUAAUGAGUCAGGACAUGGAAACGGAAUCCAUAUUGGAAAUGCCUUCGGAUAUCGAUGAGAUAGAAAAAGCGAAAGCCAUCGAAUCGAUUGUACUGGAAACGAGUGCGGACGAUUUGAGCUGUAGGGAUGAUUAUGAGGAAAUGGAUAUUUUAGUUGGCGCUGAUGGCAGGGCAAAUGUCACAAAUAGUCUAUAUGAUGCGGAUGAAUCUCUGAAAAGUACUGAUAUUGGAAAUGGCAGCGAAUCGACUGAUGUCAAGGAAAAAGACUUGGAUGGUGAAAAUUCGACGAGUGAAUCGUUCAUAGUCAGUAAAUCACAAGAGAAUCCAAUCAUCAGAGGCAAUUCAGUGGUAACUAAAUGUACUAUCCAUCCAACAUCAUCAUCAUCAUCACCGCCACCAACCCAGUCGAAUGUCAACCAAAUCGUGUACGUUAAACUAUUACAGCCAAGAAGUAGUGUCAUAUCCAGUGUCCAACCGCUAAUAGUUUCAACAACAUCUCAAUCACCACCAAAAACCUACUCCAAUUCAUCGCAUAGAAGUAAACUUGAAAAAUCCGCAGAAAGACCGGAGUUGAAGAAAUUAUCACCAAUAAAAAUGCCUGCGGAAGAGCCAACCACAUCAAAUAUCAGUGGUAGUGUAACACCGCCCAAACCUCAAAUUGGUCACACCGUAAAUUUACUGAACAAUAAUCGUAUCCUGAUAAAGAGUGUGAAAAAUAAUCAUGCCACUUCGCCCGUAUCGAUGCCUGCAACUGUAGUAAAAACAAAUGCGGCGAACGAAGGAUUUGAAUUUUCGCCACAACCAGUACAACAGCAAGGCGAUGCAAAGCAAACGAUGGUUAAUGAGACGAGCGAAAUCGCAAUGCAAAAUGUGACAAAUGUCACAGCAGCGACAACAACAACAACAAACGAACAUGAAAUCGACCAAUUGAAUGUAAAUGAAACAAAAUGUACGAUCGAAACGUCGAAUAACGGAAACUUUGACAGAGACGACAGUGAAUUGGAAAUAAAGAAAGAGCAAAUAUUGAACGAAAAUAGCAGCACCAACGAAGACAUUGUCGACGAUACAAAACUGAGUGAUACGUAUCAGAUAAAAAUUAAGCGUGAAUUUGAACAAUUGCAAAAAACGGUAAAUGAAUCGAAAGUUCUGUCGGAAUUUGUGAUUGAUCACAAUAAACGGAAUCGACGUCCAACGAAAUCUGGCAAAUCAAAGCAUAACAAGUACAAUAAGAGUAGUUUGAGCGAUAUGACCACUUUGGUCGAUGAAAAAGUGCCGGUGGCACAAUUCAAUCCAAGUGCCAGCCCAUCGUCGACCAGUGUUCGCAGUGCGUCUAAAGAAAGUGACCGAUCGAUUACGAGCAGUUUCAGUGCUGGCAAACGAAACACCCGAUCGAUGAAUACGGACUUUUCGGCGAAGCAAAAACAAUUUUUGAAAGGUAUCCAACAAGUGACACGUGGUACCGACGAUGAAACGGACAACAACAGUGGCGCUGACGAUGACGACGAUGAUGUCGACUAUUUUGCUGAACAGCAACCAAACAUCAGCGAACGAAGAAAGAGUACAAUGGCGAACAAGCAGUCGUUUGGCUUUGAAUCGAAAGCAAGCGAUAUCAGAAUUGGAUGGGACAAAUACUGUUGGCGAUGCCAUCAAACGGACACAAAAAUGCUUUGCUCCAGUUGCGUUCGAUCUUAUCAUGCAAAUUGUCUGAAAAUGAAACUCCUAUCGCCAGCCGAGAUGGCAAAAUGGCAAUGCCCCGAAUGUGUGGAAAUCAAAGCGGCAGAAAAAGAGAACAAGAAAAAAAAAUUCGAUGUGAAACAUUUUAACAAGCUGCUGAAGUACGCCAUGAACCGACUUUUACAGGAUCCAAAUCUCCAACAGUUCCAGUUCCCGGUGAACAAGACGCAGAAUCCCGGUUACGGUGAUGUCAUUGUGAACCCAAUCAAUUUGAGCAAAAUUGAAAACAACAUUGACAACCUGGUGUACACCAAUUCCGAGGCAUUUUUAUCGGAUAUCAAAUGGAUCCUGCAUAAUUGUAGCAUCUAUUUUUCGGAUAACUACAAAGUGACACGAGCGGCAAAAUCAUUGCAAAAAGUGAGCAAACAAGAGGUGGGCGAUAUUGAAACGUGCCCUGAAUGCUACUUAAAUGCCAACACAAUGACUGACAAUUGGUUCACCGAAACGUGUGUGAAGCCGCAUCUAAUUCUAUGGGCAAAGCUUAAGGGAUUUCCCUAUUGGCCGGCCAAAGCUAUGUCCAUCAAUUCGACAUUGGUCGAUGUGCGUUUCUUUGGUGAACAUGAUCGAGCCAAUAUCCCAGCGAAAGAUUGCUAUUUGUAUUCGCGUGAAGAUCCAAAUCCACCGACAAAUAAAUACAAACGAAACACUAUUGCCGAUUGUGUUAAGGAGGUGGAUGUCUACAUACAAAACAUUGAAGCAAAAUACGGUUCGUUCAAGUACUCCGAGUUGAAAACGCCAUUCAAUCCGCAGUUGGCCGAUCAACAUUUGCUGGACAUGAUACCAGGGUUGCGUAGUGCACGUGGUGGUCGCCGCCGAAGCAGCUCCGCCCGACCGGAUUUAACCUUAAAAAUUGUUAAAACCGCUGACAAUCAUUUGUCGGUGGUGAAGAAGGACCAAACUGCCAAGGAAUUGCCUCAAAUUAAACGAACCGUUGACAUAACCGGCGAUGGAGCUGUGUCACGCACACCAACGCCACCAUUAGCCGUUCUGUCACGCCGCAAAACAAGCGACACCCGGAUUAAACGUAGCAAAUCAACGAAUCGACACAGCGACGGUAAGCCGCCGGUUCUUGAUCAUAAAUCAUACCAGGUAUUGCGACGCAAGAGUAUGGCUGUUGAAAAACUCGACCAGAAACGAGUGAAUGCCAUUCAUUCCAAUUUGGAUUUGAAUUCGUCCACCGAAUCGCCAGAGGUGAGCUUUGUGCGAUACAAUCCAGAUUCAACGAAUGAGAAAAAUGAGACUGAUCAACUGAUUGCCAACGCGGUCGCUGUGGUAAAGAAAUCGAUCAAAUCCGCAGCCAAAAAGAGGAAGCUAUCGGUAGAUGAAAAGGCAAGCGAUGCGGGUGAAACGCCCGAGAAAAAUUUAAAACUUGAAGAACCAAAGGCUACAACAUCUACCCACGACGAACGAUCUGAAGACAUUUUUGAAACGAAUAUUUUGAGUAGUGUUGGCUUGAUGAAACGAACAACGCCACCAAAUCCGACAACGAUCAAAUCACCCGAAAAACCGACCGUGAGCGGAAAGAACGGCAGCGCAAAUGCGAAGCCAGUUCAAAAUAAAAACUCCACAUGUGAUACAGAUGAAAAAAUGAACGAAGGAGCCGCACGGACGAGAAGUGACACAGUUCAACGUGUCGGCAGCAAAGAUGAUGGAUCGCCAUUGGUGUUGGUGCCAUUUGUUGAAGUGAAAAAAGAGCCGGAAAUGGAGAAUGAUGUCUCAAAUCCAGGUGAACAGACACCAUCGGCAUCUCUAACACCAAUCUGCUUGAUUAGUUCAAAUGAAAAUACGCCGGCUAAAAACUAUGCAAACACCGAUGAUAAUCUGUCAAACAUCAAAACGGAGACGAGUUCCGAUGAUGACAGUUUGAUGAUUAUCGAAGAGGAUCUGCCAAACAGUACAAAUACACCAGUCAAAAAAUCAACCAUGGGCAUUGAUCAAUUGCUCGAAAAUAUUCGGCUUCGUGGUUCGAUUUCGGUGAAAGAUAUCAACAAAAUGACGUUGCAAAAUCAACAGCAACAAGCGCGCAAAACGUUCCCAAAAGGACCAACGACAAAUGCAUCGGCAUCCAUUUUGAAACCGCGCAACAAUCUUGCUUUGAAUAAAUCAGCGCCGACCAAUAUGGUUUGCAUACCAUUAGAUGGUAUACCACGGCUCGAAUUGAGCUACAAUUCAACGCAACCGCCGCCAUUGUCAGUGGUCGGAAGUGUAAACAGUGUUUCGCUUCUCACACAAAACCAGUCAUCCACAAUUACCAACAAUGCACCCUCGAGCACAUCCACGUCCAAUUUGACAAACGGUCCACCACCACUGUCGAUACCAGCCGUCAGCCAGCCAUCUCUAUUGAAUCCAAAUUCGAUUAACACCAUUUCCAAUGGAAUGAUAACCGAACAAAUGGCAUCUGCCGUAACCGAUCAAAUAAUCCGCCGGAAUCCACCCAAAUUAUCGUCUCGGCCAGCGGCACCGUUGCGCGCCGAAUGUGACUCGGUGUUCCCCACUGAAGCCGGUUCGGUGUGCAAAACCCUAAUGGAAAAUGCACAUAAAAUGACCGAUUUCUUCCGAUCAGUUAUCGAAGACACACUUGGCGAUUUGGCCAACAUGUCAAAUCCUGAAGCGAAAAUUCGUUUGCUAGAACUUGAAAUGGAGAAACAGAAGAAUGCCCACGCAAAGGAAAUUACCGACGUCAAAGCAAAUACUGAUCGCUUGCUCAAUGAAAUGAAGAAGAGCAUGGAAAAAGAGCGUACACGUGUAAUCAAUGACACACGCAAACAGUGUGAAAUGGAGCGCAUCCGAUCGGUGGAAGAGGCAAAAAAGAAACAAUGGUGCGCCAAUUGUUUGAAAGAAGCUCAAUUUUACUGUUGCUGGAAUACAUCGUACUGUAACCACAUUUGCCAGCGGAAGCAUUGGGAACAGCACAUGGCAACUUGUGCUCAAGUCGAAACAACCCAGAACGUGCAGAAUUCACGCAAGCCGGCUGGUAAAAACGCAUCAAAGCCAGAUAUCAGAGUACAGUUACAAGCAUCUCAGCAUCCAAAGUUACAUGUAUCCAUUCAAAAAGACAAUUUGAAUACAGUCAACAAUCGUGCAGUUACUGCUGCAAGCGUUGCAAAUAACUCCGGAGUGCCUGCAUUGCGGAACAUUCUACCGAAAAAUGUUAUCACAUCCAUAAGUCCAUCUCGUCACUUUAACCAAGGCACGCAAUCGCUGACGAAACAAUCUCCAAAUCAAUCGUGCAUCAUUGUCGGUCGAUCGCUUCCAAAUUGGGCUGGUGCCUCAUCCAAAUCAGCGUCGCUAUUGCAUUCGAACACGAUAUUUUUGCCAGCCACAUCGCAGCCAUACGCCACGAUUACAAACGUACAAUCGGGAUCAUCGGCCGGUGUUUCGCUGCUAAACACCUCACAUGCACAGGGACAAAAGUCAAACCAGACCGAAACCAUCAUCAUACCAUAAAAAGUGUACACAACAUGUCCAAGCAAUUGGAAUAAUAUGAAUUCACAUAACAGCUUCAACCUCUUAGAAAUAAUUUGAUCAUGAUCAAAAACUUGAGACCGUAGUUUUUUUUAUUAUACCCAUAAAUUUAGUAUUAAUUUUUUUUAAGUUCAGAAGUUUGGUGUUGAAGCCAUGUUUUUUUUCCUCUGUUCAAUUAACUCAAUUGUUGUUUGAGAGAUUUUCGCCAGAUCUAUGUGAAUUUAAUUUUUGAUAAAUUUAAAAAUUUUAUGUUGUAAUCAAAAUCGAGUCGGAAUUGUGUUUCAGACUUGAAAUGUAUAUUUGAAAUUAAUUGUAAGGGAAAAAACACAAACACAAUUUUUUUUUUAACAAAAGAAAGAAAGUAGCCGAUUUGACAUUAGGACGGGGAAUAAAAUGAAUUACACGAAAAGAAGAAAAAAUUUAGAUGAACUCUGUAUAGCAGUAGUUUUCUCAUGGAAAAUUUUUCAGCGUGGUAUGAAAAUGAAACACUCGUAUAUAUAUUAUACACACACAUAAAAAAGAUAUUUUAAACAUCAUGCUUCGAGAUGAUUAUAAAAUUAAAUACUAUAAAUUUA